CUCUCUCUCUCUCUCUCUCGGUCUCUCUGCCUCUCCUCUGCUCCCUCAGUCGGGUUUGAGGAGACCUCUCUUGGAGCUGGAGAGGAGAGGUUGGCCGUCUCUCUCCUCCAGCAGCCGCCGGGCUUCUCUGCAGCCUCCCGUCGCUUCAUCAUGGACAUGGGGACUAAAAGAGUCGCUGGGAUUAUCGCUCAGGUCGUCCUGCUUCUGUCCAGCUCGUACGGGACAACCGGAGAAGAGGUGUGCGACAGCACGCUGGUGUCCAAUCUGCCGCCAUCGUCCUUCAGAAGCUCCUCCCAGCUGUCCAGCAGUCACGCGCCAGGCUUUGCCAAACUGAACAGGAGAGAAGGAGCUGGAGGUUGGUCCCCUGUCACCUCAGACAGGUAUCAGUGGUUGGAGGUCGACCUGGGCGAGCGCACCAAGAUCACUGCCGUCGCUACUCAGGGCCGCUACGGCAGCUCUGAUUGGCUGACGUCGUACCUGCUGAUGUUCAGCGACACGGGACACAACUGGAAACAGUACAGACAGGAGGACAGUAUAGGGUCUUUUCCAGGUAACACUAAUGCAGACAGCGUGGUUCAGUACAAGCUGCAGCAGCCGGCGAUGGCUCGCUUCCUUCGGCUCAUUCCUCUGGACUGGAACCCCAGCGGGAGGAUCGGACUCCGACUGGAGACCUACGGAUGUCCCUACACCUCUGAUGUUGUGAGUUUGGACGGCAGCAGCAGUCUGGUGUACAGGUUGAGUCCCGGGCCGAGGCGGUUGUCCAGAGAUGUCGUCUCUUUGAAGUUUAAAACCGUGAGGAAUUCUGGGACACUGCUGCACGCGGAGGGAGAGGGAGGACUCAGCCUGAGUCUGGAGUUAGAGAGAGGAAAGCUGCUACUGCUGCAGCUCAGACAAGGUUCAUCCUCUGAACCCCGGCGUCUUGCUUCUCUUGGCAGCCUGUUGGAUGAUCAGCAUUGGCACUAUAUAGCGGUGGAGCGGCGAAGCUCUCACCUCAACCUCACUGUGGACAAACACACAGAGAGGGUUCAAAUCCCUGCAGAGUUCAGCCACUGGGACAUCAAACAGCUGAGGGUAGGAGCAGUCCAAAGCCCCGAUUCUCAGGAAACAGUUGCCUCCAAGAGGAACUUCCAUGGCUGUCUGGAAAACCUUCUGUACAACGGCCUCAACCUGAUAGAACUAGUAAAACACAAAGACCACCGAGUUACUGUAAUGGGCAAUGUGACCUUCUCUUGUGCUGAGCCAGUUUCCAUCGCCGUGACGUUCACCGGCCCCCAGAGCUUCCUCAAGUUGCCAGGGACGAUGGCGUCCACCUCGGCGGGCGUGUCCAUGGGGUUUCAGUUCAGGACGUGGAACAAGGCGGGGCUUCUGGUCACCUUUGCCUUGCCUCAAGAAGGGGGCGUGGUCUGGCUGUACCUGAGUGAGGCCAGACUCCGGCUACAGAUCCAUAAAGCUGGCAGGACGCUGCUGGAACUCACUGCAGGUUCCGCUUUAAAUGACGGCCAGUGGCAUUCGGUGGAGCUGAACUCCAGACGAGGUCGUCUGAGCAUCACGGUGGAUAAAGAGGAGGGAGGCAGUGCCCAAGCCAGCCCCUCACCUCCUGUCACCAUAGAAAGACACCUCUUCUUUGGUGGUUGUCCCACUGAAGACGACAGGCAGGAAUGCAGAAACCCCUUUAAUGUCUUCCAGGGCUGCAUGCGUCUACUAACUCUGGACAACAAGAACGUGGACCUGAUCAUGGUGCAGCAAAAGGAGCUGGGAAUCUACAGCAACCUGCAGAUCGACAUGUGUGGAAUCAUGGACAGGUGUUCUCCCAGUCGCUGUGAACAUGGCGGCCUCUGCAGUCAGUCCUGGACCAUCUUCCACUGCAACUGCUCUGACAGCGGCUACAGUGGAGCGACCUGCCACAGCUCUGUGUACGAACAGUCCUGCGAGGCGUACAAACACAACGGCAACACGUCGGGACAUUUUUAUAUCGACGUGGACGGCAGCGGACCAAUCAAACCGCAGCUGGUCUACUGCAACAUGACAGAGGAGAACACGUGGAUGGUGAUCCAGCACAACAACACAGAGCUCACCAGAGUCCGAUCGUCUUCAGGCAGAAACCAGCAUUUAGUCCACUUCAACUACUCCACUGAAGAGGAGCAGCUAUCGGCCGCCAUCAGCCAAUCAGAGCACUGCGAGCAGGAACUGUCCUACCAGUGCAGGAAGUCCCGCCUCCUCAACACUCCAGAGGGCUCGCCAUUAAGCUGGUGGCUCGGAGGUCCCGGUCGUGGUCAUGUCCAGACUUAUUGGGGUGGAGCUCAACCGGGCAGCCAACAGUGUGCCUGCGGGCUGCAGGGCGACUGUUUGGACCCACAACACUACUGCAACUGCGAUGCCGACCGAGUGGAGUGGACUGAAGACUCUGGCCUGCUCACCCAUAAGGAGAGCCUCCCAGUCAAGUCUCUGGUGCUGGGUGACAUCCAGAGGCCGGGGUCAGAGGCCGCCUAUAGGGUGGGACCACUGCGUUGUCAUGGAGACAAGAACUUCUGGAACGCUGCGUUUUUCGACAAGGAGACGUCAUACCUCCACUUCCCCACCUUCCACGGAGAACUGAGCGCAGAUAUCUCCUUCCUGUUUAAAACCACAGCCUCGUCUGGUGUGUUCCUGGAAAACCUGGGCAUCAAAGAUUUCAUCCGGAUCGAACUGAGCUCCUCCACUCAGGUGGUUUUCUCCUUCGAUGUGGGUAACGGGCCGUUGGAGGUUCGCGUGGAGUCGAGCAUCCUGCUGAAUGACAACCGGUGGCAUCGAGUCCGAGCCGAGCGGAACAUCAAAGAAGCGUCGCUUCGAUUGGAUGAACUGCCUGCUGCCACACAGGAGGCUCCUACUGACGGACACUUCCACCUGCAGCUGAACAGCCAGCUGUUCAUAGGAGGCACAGCGUCCAGACAGAAGGGCUUCCGGGGCUGUAUUCGCUCUCUGCAGCUGAAUGGCAUCACCCUGGACCUGGAGGAGAGGGCGAGGAUCACACCCGGGGUUCGACCCGGCUGCCCGGGUCACUGCAGCAGCUACGGCUCGUUCUGCCAGAACGGGGGCCGCUGUGUGGAGAGAGCCAACGGCUUCCACUGUGACUGCGGCCUGUCGGCGUACACUGGGGUCUUCUGCCAUACAGAGGUGUCAGCCAGCUUCAAGUCGGGGACGUCUGUCAGCUACACCUUCAAGGAGCCGUACGAGUUGAGCAGGAACAGCAGCGCCCUGCCGUCCUCCAUCUACUCUGACAUGACUCUGAGAGGAGAGAACGUCUCCCUGAGCUUCAGGACCAACCAGAGUCCGGCUGUGCUGUUCUACGUCAGCUCUUACUACAGAGAGUACCUGGCCCUGCUCAUCAACAAGCAUGAUAAGCUGGAGGUGAGAUACAAACUGGACAGCAGCAGAGAUGUUGAAGUGUUGAGAAGCAGAGUGAGGAGCCUGGCCAAUGGACAACUACACACUGUUACCAUCCGGAGACUGACAGACUCUGUGUCAGUGCAGAUUGACCAAAAUGCCAGAGAAGACUUCAACCUGACAUCUGACGGAGAAUUCAAUGCCAUCAAGUCACUGGUGUUGGGCAAAGUGCAAGGGUCUGAUGAUUUAGAUCCAGACCUGGCCAGGUUGGGGUCUGUCGGUUUUGCCGGCUGUCUCUCUGUGGUCCAGUUUAACUCCAUCAGCCCUCUGAAAGCUGCUCUGCUCCACCCGGACACCAGCCCUGUCAUCAUCACCGGACCUUUAGUCCAGUCCAACUGCGGCUCCUCGGCUUCGGCCAAUCCCUAUGCAGCAGAGAACACACACCACCUGUCAGACCAGUCUGGUUCAGUGGGUUCAGGUCAACCUUUAGUCAAUGCCAUCAGGACUGACUCAGCUCUGAUUGGAGGUGUCAUAGCAGUGGUCAUCUUUGUGAUUGUGACUGGCCUGGCGAUAACUGCCAGAUUCCUCUACCGGAAAAAAGAGACAUAUCGGAACCAGGAAGUGAAGGGAGUCAAACAGGAGGACAGCCCAGAUUUCCCUUUCAACAACCAGGCCGACUCGCAGAAUGUCUCCUGUGAAAACCCAAAGGAGUAUUUCAUUUAACCGGAGGCCUGAUGACCUGAUGAACUGGAGGAUUUAGGAGCAGAGGGUGCACACAGGGGUGUCCUGUCACGCCUCAGGACUUUACACUGCUCUCAGAGCCCCUCAGAGACUUUACCGGCCGAAGUGGCUCCACAGCAUGUGGAGGCAUUAAAGAACAAUUCACACAGUGAUGUCUUUCUGUUGCUUUACUGUAAAUUUUGAAUAUACUGAUACAAACAGGCAACAGUGUUGGACUUAUGAGGUGUUGAUAUCCUUGUUUCAACUGUAAAUAUAAAAAAAAAAUGUAAAUGUUUAAUUGAUGUCUUUGUAACAAUCUCUGGAUAACAUCACUUUGUUAUAUUGAAAUGUUGGAAAUACUGGCUGUAUUAGUGUUUUUAUAGCGAACGGGUAGGGAAAAUGUGAAACUACGCCCCCUUGUGGUUGGGUUUCUCUUGGAGAGAGAUGGAUACUUGCAUGUAGAGACAGGAGAGGACUUGUAAUUGGCAGGAUGUGCCCUGGAAGUUCAGUCAUCAGAUCCUUAGUUAAGAUGAUAUGGUUUCACCCACCUUUCACAAGGUCACCCACUAUGCCUCUAGGGAUAUUUCUUGUCUUCAACUUCCCUCCCUCCCACUUACUUGCAGUUUUUAGAAGAAGAAGUGUUAGGGAGAAUUUUCUGUCACUAUAUUACAAAAAACAUUCCAAAUUUAUAAGCUUAGUCAUGGAUUUACCAAGUUUUAAAGUUUAAUCCUUAAAGCUGCUAUAAUUAGUGUUUUUAAUAAUAAUGUAUCAAACGACAAUGUGAAAAGGUGUCGCUCGUGAUGAUUUAUCCCCCAAAUCUGCAGUUCCCUCCAGCUUUCUAACACAUUUCAGCUGUGUUGCCUGCAAGUUUACUGUUUUAGUUCAUAUUUUCAGCUGCAGCAAGCAGUUGUUUGCCAGCAUAAAAGCUCUAAUAACCCUCUUUACACUACCUGCUCCACACCAACAGUUAAGAGACCAGCUGCUGCUGAGUGCUCCACUAUGUUCACCAGCUAAAGAGCCAGAUAUUUCCUUCAGAGUGCAUAGAGACCAAAAUCAUAGCUAAAAGAAGAAUGAACAAUGGAACAUGACUGAAUGAUAAUGUUGUUAUAUAACUGCUAGAUGUGUAAAUAAGCAAUUGUUUGCUAACAAGUUCUCUGAAUCAGCUUAAAAAGGUGAUGAUAUGUCAAUGUUGUUCACUGGUGUAUUUGUUUACAGUGCAGCCAAACAAACGUACGCUGUAGGUAAGCAUAGGGAGGCAAUUUGAGUCCAGGGCGGGAAUGGCAGACUCCGACACUCACAAAGCUGCUUUAAAAGAAAGGUACAGAUUGUAAAUACAUUGAAAGGCUAUUUCUGGAAAAAGCCCACUAUGAAUAAUAUCAAUUAAUAAAAGAUAGGAAUAUUACUUUAACCACAUAGCAUUUUUGGAUACACAUCAGUGAACUAUAUAUACACAAUCCAAUCGUACAAAUAAUCAAGUAAUUUAUAAGCAAAGCGGGGUCAAUAGACAUUUUCAUUUAAACUGUUGCAUGAAGCUAACACGGAGAGGCCUCAGAGAAAUACUAGAGAAUGUCAGUUAAUUAACCUUUACCCUGCACAAAUCACCAAAAAAUGUUCCAAUAAAACUGCACAGACAUCUACGUUUAUUAAAAAAAUAUCAAAAUGACCUCUCUUAGCAAGGAAUUAAAGAAGUUUAUUUAUCAUUAUUAUAAUGUAAUGUGACCUGAGAAGUGCUUUUUGAAAAUUAUCAUAGGCUGUCAAGCGGUUUCUCCCAAAGAAAAAAAAAAAGUGCAACUUCUUCCCUUCCCAUUGUUCAGACCAUUCAAACAACUAAACUAGGCUCCUAGUCGGAGUCUGGGUUCAUGUAUAAGGAAUCUUGUAUGUGAAGGUUUGAAAUAUCUGAGCCACAAUCAGGGAAGUGGUAGACUGACACAUUCACUUUAUUCUUUCCCCCUUCUUUCUUUUCUAAACAUGGUGGCAUUGGCAGGAAACCCAGUCUCAUCCAUGAACUCUGAUCAUGUCUAUCACACGUGUGGUUCGCUUAAAACCCUUCACCAUCCUGAUCACUUUGCGUUUUCUUUCUACCCCAACUUCAAAGUUGUCUCCUCCCCUGCUGUAUGCCGCCUGCUGGGAGCUUCCUUUGCCAGCUCUGUAAAUGUCUCUGAAGAGUAAAGCUUUUAACACUGGCAGAACACAGGCUCUGUAACAGUGUGGCUGUCUGUCACCUCGUUCACUGCACGCAGAGGCAGUUAAUGUGUUUUUUAAAUACUAUACUGGUUCAGUAUUUCAGGUGGAUUGCGACUCCAUGGAAAGAUGAGAUGAUCAGAAUGAGACAAACAGAUAAUCCGAGUCAAGCAGACAUAGGUGUAAUGAAAACCACUAUUCUGAUAUUAACACUGAAAAUGAAGUGAAUCACUCAUUGUGUAAAGAGUGCUGCUGAUAGUGGGAGGCUGAGAAGCAGAAAGAGGAUCGACAGCAGCUGUUCAUCAAACACACACACCACCGUCUCUCUGCAGGACCCCAACGCACAGAUGGGAUUUUAAUGACAAAAAUUGUUAAAACUUUAAAGUGUGUCUUUAAACUUAAUCUCUUUGUGUAUUUUUUUUAUAUAUAUAUAUAUAUAUUUUCACCCCUCAACAAGUAAACAGCUGAUGACAGGCAUUGUUUUCUGCUGUGUUUCUGUCACUGGUGUUAACAAGAACCUGAAAGUGCUGUGCAUCUCAGCUGCAUCAAAUGUGAGGAAGUAACCAUGCCAACACAGAUAACAAUGCAGUUGGGUCAGCAAAUUUUUGCUUUACAAAAGGGGAUGGGUGGCAACAAAUUCGACUAACUAACCAAUUAUAUUUACUUCUGUCAUCUUCUGUUUAGGGAAAGAUCUAUAUCCAAAUGUCUGGCCACUGGAGCUGCCAAAGAAAUGCUGUCAAAUUUAACACAGAAAAUAAUGUUUUAAAAACAGAAAUAGAUUUAAUGAUCUGUUAUGCCCACAUUUUUGACUAAGUUCAGUAAAAAAAAGACACAUAUUUGGAAAAAUGUCUUAAGAUUACAAAAUAAAACAAUUUUUUGAUUUCUAAUGCCACUUUUUGAUAUUUCUGUUCAAUGCUUUAUUAAUAUACCACAAUAAUAUAAGUUUUUGAGUUCAAAUGUCUUUAUUGUGGGGUGUUUCCAAGCAAAUAUUCAUAUAUGUGAUUGAUUAAAUCAGUAUAUAUUUCAGCCACCCAUUAAAGUCUCCAUGCCACCCUCUCUUGCAACCCCUUAAAUAUUUCUCUAAUCUGACCCUGCUUCUGAUAAAUGGUUGCUUGAUACAAAAGUGAAGAAAACAUCGUAUAAAAUCAUGUGGUACUGUUUCAGUGAUAUAGAGAUGGAAUCAUUUCGACCUGCAGAGUGCACCUGUACACCGAAAAUCAUUUUGCCAAAAAGUUUUAGAACUGAGGUUUUUCUGAUAGUGGUUUGGUUUAUUUUCUGGCAAGGUUGCGUAGUUAAGGGUUUUCAGUGUAACUAUAAUAAUGUAAUGGUACUUUGUAUUGGUCAUUGGUGAAUAACAGUGAUGUCAGUGACUUUGAGUGACAUGCCAUGGAAAAAGAUGAUUUUAACCAUAUUCUGGUUGUUUGGUUACAGACAAAAUCCUGUUUAAUGAAAUUAAAAUGUUUUUUCAGAGA